AUGGCCGCCGCAGACGUUCGCGACAUGCUGGAUUUGCCCGCGGAGGGGCAACAACCCAGACCUCACAAGAAGCAAAAGGUGGUGGAAAAAAGACCAGAGGGUAUCACCCGUGAACUUUACGCGCUCCUGGGUGAAAGAGCGCCCCCGAUCGCCAUCAACGAAAAUCGAUACAAGGGGCGACCAAAAUGGAUGAGCAAGUUGAGGGUUCGACCAUGGCAAAUGUCGCCGUUUACAAAUGAUGCUCGACCGGACGGCCUGGUAUUGCGACACUGGCAGAGACAGAAUGAGCCCAGCAAGUUACCAGCCCUGGAAGGACCGGAGAUGGACGUGGACGAGAAGAACGAGGAGGGAGCGCCAAAACCACCCGAGCAAGAAUAUUCAUUCGCCAAGUACAACAUCAAGGCCAAGGUGCCCAAAAGAUACACGGAUGAAGAAUACAACCGACAUUUGAAGAGUGACGACUGGUCGCGGCAGGAGACGGACUACCUCAUGGAUAUUGUUGAGGAGUACGAUUUAAGAUGGGUCGUUAUCGCCGAUCGCUACGAUUACCAGCCCCAAGCCUUGGACGCAGAAGCGAAUGCCAGCGCCCUCGUACCCGCAAAACGAUACCGAACGAUGGAACAGAUGAAGGCCCGUUAUUACUUUGUUUCCGCAUCCAUGCUUGCCCUCGAACACCCUCCCUCCGAGAUGUCCGAAGCCGAAUUUGACCUGCAUGAGAAGAUGAUGAAAUUCGACCCAGACCGGGAGCGGGCCCGGAAAGAGCUUGCGGCUCUACAACUAAACCGUACAGCGGAUGAAGUGCGCGAAGAAGGAAUCUUGCUGGAAGAACUCAAACGCAUCACGGCCAACGAACAGAACUUCAUCAGCGAACGCAGAGAAUUGUAUUCCAGGCUCGAGGUACCGAUCAGCGUGGGCAACACCGCCAUGUACCAGUCUAGCCAGGGCUUGUCCCAGUUGCUUCAAACGCUUCUCCAGGCCGACAAAAGCAAAAAGAGACGGUCCUUGGUUGGUCCCGAAGGAGCUGCCCCUAGCCCAGCAGGACAAACGCCAGCUUCGAGCGCCCCGACCAAUGCCCGCGAAAGUCGAGCAGACACCCCAAGCACUACACCAGCGGCACUCUCCAACAAGAAAGCAGCAGCUGCCGCAGCUGCCGCGACCAAAGAUACCCCGCCUGCGGCCAAGACCCUUACACCGGCCGAAGAAGCCAGAUAUGGCGUGCAGCAUCACGAGCGCCUGGCCCCUAGUGUUCAGUUCCGCAGUGAUCGUGCCCAGAAGUUGACACAAGCCAAGUCGAACGUGCAAUCACAGAAGCUGGCUGCUGCCCUCGCUGAACUGGAGAUUCCGCCUCGACUGGUCAUGCCCACAGAACGCGUCUGCAAGGACUUUGAGAAGCUGAUACACUCGGUGAACUUGCUGCUUGAUGCCCGGAAGGUGUCGGAGAAGGUCGAAAGUGAGAUCCGUGUCCUUGAAGCCGCCAGAGAAGAAAGGCAACGCAAGGCCGGCGAAGUAGGGGGGAAAGAGAAGCCUGAAGUGAAGACAGAAACAGAUGACAAUCCGGUACCACCAUCCGGUGAGCCAUCUGAUACCGCUGUUCACCCGACAGAUGCCGCCUCCGUUGUAGAACCCACGGCGGAAGGCCAAGCUGGACCAGCAGCUGAAGUGGGUGACAAGGCCGGCACUGAAGGAGACGCUGCUGCUGCAUCCGCUGAGGCAGCCCAAGAUCAAGGCGGAUCGGCCUUAAAUAAACGCUCAGCGAGUGUUCUGAGCAAUUCUAGUGAUAAGAGUUCCAAGCGGCAAAGAAGGUAG